GCAUGGACAUAAUCCCACAUCGUACGGUAGGAAGAAAACACUGCCUCCCACUUAGAAGGCGAAGGGCCGCAUUAUGUUCGUCGAUAACGAUGGUUCAACCAUCGAGUUAGACGACAACUUCCAGGAGGGAGUAGGUUCAGAGGUUGGCAGCACAGAAGCUUCAGAGGGUGAAGUAGUCGCUGUCGUAGCUCAAAAAGACAAGUGCGAGGCUGCAUUCAGACAUCUAAAGCAUGCGUUGACGCACUACGAGGUCUUAAAACUUCCCGAUCCUGAUAAGCCGUUUAUAGUCACCACGGAUGCCAGCCAAUAUGGCAUUGGCGCCGUGCUUGCGCAGCAAGAGAGGCCAAAGUUGAGGCCUGUUGAGUACAUGUCCAAGAAAAUGCCGUCUCAGAAGUUGGCUAAGUCCACCUAUGAGAAGGAACUCUAUGCGGUUUACAAGGCUCUGACCCAUUGGAGGCACUAUCUCCUUGGGAGGUUCUUCAUCCUCAAGACUGAUCAUCAGACCCUGAGAUGGAUGAGAACUCAGCCGGUACUCUCUGACGCUCUCAAAAGUUGGAUCGAAGUCAUUGAGCAGUAUGACUUUGACCCGCAGUAUCUGAAAGGGGAGUACAACAAGGUUGUUGAUGCCUUGUCGCAUAGACCUGAUUUCUCAAGUGCGCUGAUUACUAAGUUCGAUCUUGCGGACAAUGUUACUCAGUCCUUGGUGGAAGCCUAUCGUGAGGAUCCGUUUAUGUCUGAGAUCAUUCGCAGACUCGAGGCGAAGGACAAAGUGACUUCUAUCGAGUUUGAGUUGGUCAAGGGCUUGCUAUUCCUUGAGAAGGCUGGGAAUAAACAUUUGUGUGUUCCUAAUAGGGAGUCUUUGCGUAGUUUACUUUUAGGCGAGUGUCAUGAUGCCACCAGCCAUUUUGGGUACAAGAAGACCGCAGCUAACCUGCUGCAGCGGUUCUGGUGGCCCACAAUGAUGAGAGAUGCCCAACUGUACGUGGAGACUUGUCAGGUCUGUCAGAGAGACGAGCCACGUACUCAGGCUCCUCUUGGGCUCCUGAAGCCCCUUCUGAUUCCAGAAAGGCCUGGUGAGAGUUUGUCCAUGGACUUCAUGGAUAUGCUGGUUACCAGCAAGAGUGGGAUGAGACACAUUUUCGUCAUUGUGGAUAGAUUUAGUAAGUAUGCUAGAUUAAUAGCCAUGCCGGAGACUGCGAAGACCGAGUACGUAAUAAGAUUGUUCAAGGAGAACUGGGUCAGGGAUUUUGGAUUGCCCAAAUCCAUAGUGGGCGACAGAGAUGUCCGCUUCACUAGCGAAUUGUGGAAGGCCGCCGCUGCAGAGCAGGGAACCCAACCGCAGAUGACUUCUGGAAAUCACCCAAAGGCCAACGAUCAGGCCGAGCAACUGAAUCGCGUUGUACAACACCUGUUGAGGCAUGACAUCAAGCCCAACCAGGUGGACUGGGAUGAGAAGCUUGCUCUCAUCGCCAGUCUGUACAACAACGCUGUACAUAGCGCCACCGGGGUGAGCCCAAACAGUUUGCUAUUGACUUUCAAGCCUAGACUACCCUUAGACUUUCUCCUUCCUGAGAAUCAGUCAACUGCUGCAGCAGGUACUUUAGAGUUUGCCUACAGGUAUGAACAGAAGAUGCAGCAGGCGGUCGAACAAAUGCAGAAGGCACAUGCAGCAAUGAUAGAGUCUGAGAAUAGACACUGCCGACCUUCUACGUUUCAGGUUGGGAACAGAGUCUGGGUAAAGUCCUCAGAACUGGGAGAGGAGUACGGGAUUUCCCGCAAACUCAUGCCACAGUACUUUGGGCCAUGGGAAGUCUUAGAUAUUGUCGGGAUUGAUCCAGAUGGGCCAUCUUAUGUAAUCCGGAUACCUGGUCAUCUCCGUACUUACCCUGUCUUUCACGCCUCCAAGCUUGCACCUUUCAAACAAACAGAUCAGUUUCCAUCUUGUCGUUCAAUGCUGCCCCCAACCAUGGAUGGAGAGGUGGAUAUCGAUGAUAUCGUGGACCACAGAGAGCUGCAAGUUCCAAGACCAACAGGCAGGGGACGUCCUCCGAAACCGAAGCUGCAAUAUCGCGUUCGGUUCCGACAUCAUACUGGUCCUAAGGUUCACCAGGGAAGAACUUAUGUAGACCGCUCCUUAAGUUGUGGCUCAUUACGAGAAAUUUCUGCAGAAACGAAAGCGCCCGAUGGUCGAAGACUGAGCUUCUCAGAGGACUGUUGAAGCUAAGGCGGAGGGAAUGCGAGGCCACUGCCUCUAUGAGCCCCAUUCG